CGGGAGCGGUGACGCGGCAGUAUUGGCGGCGCACGAGCGGCAGAGAGGGCGGCGCCACUGGAGCCGGGGCAGGACGUGGGCCGGGAGCGGCUGCGAGGACAUGGCGGAGACCAUUAUAAUCCGUGUCCAAUCACCAGAGGGAGUGAAACGUAUCACAGCAACAAAACGGGAAACUGCUGCAACAUUUCUGAAAAAGGUUGCAAAAGAAUUUGGCUUCAGAAAUAAUGGUUUUUCUGUGUACAUCAAUAGAAACAGGACUGGUGAGAUCACAUCAUCUCCCAAUAAGUCACUCAACUUGUUAAAAAUCAAACAUGGAGAUAUGCUGUUUCUUUUUCCAUCGAGCCCAGCAGCCUCUUCUUCUGAGAACAUGGAUACCUCAGUUUCCCAAGGAGUGCGUCAGUUGGGUGUUCCCCAGGUGGUAGAAGAUGAAAUUGACCAAUAUCUAAUAAAACAAGAUGGGAAGAUUUACAGAAACAGAGACCAGCAACUUUGUCGACAUGGCCCACUGGGUAAAUGUGUGCACUGUGUACCACUAGAGCCUUUUGAUGAGGAUUAUUUAAACCAUCUGGAACCUCCUGUGAAGCAUAUGUCAUUCCAUGCCUACAUCAGGAAACUGACCGGAGGUGCAGACAAGGGGAAGUUUGUUGCCCUUGAAAACAUUAGCUGCAAGAUUAAAUCUGGAUGCGAAGGACAUCCUCCAUGGCCAGAAGGCAUUUGUACCAAAUGCCAGCCAAGUGCAAUCACACUCAACAGGCAGAAAUACAGGCAUGUGGAUAACAUCAUGUUUGAGAAUCACACAAUUGCUGAUCGCUUCUUGGACUUUUGGAGAAAAACAGGAAACCAGCAUUUUGGAUAUUUAUAUGGGCGGUAUACAGAGCACAAAGACAUCCCUCUGGGUAUCCGAGCUGAGGUUGCUGCCAUCUAUGAACCUCCACAGAUUGGUACACAGAACAGUCUGGAGCUCCUGGAAGACUCAAAAGCAGAGAUUGUGGAUGAGAUUGCUGCUAAGCUUGGCCUGAGGAAGGUUGGCUGGAUAUUCACGGAUCUGGUGUCAGAGGAUACCCGGAAGGGGACUGUCCGGUACAGCCGGAACAAGGAUGCGUAUUUCCUAAGUGCAGAAGAGUGCAUUACAGCUGGGCAUUUUCAGAAUCAGCAGCCAAACAUAUGCCGCCUGUCUCCAGAUGGUCACUUUGGAUCCAAAUUUGUCACUGUUGUGGCUACAGGGGGUCCUGAUAACCAAGUCCACUUUGAGGGCUACCAGGUAUCCAACCAGUGCAUGGCUCUAGUACGUGAUGAGUGCUUGUUACCAUGCCGUGAUGCUCCGGAACUUGGCUAUGCAAAAGAAUCCAGCAGUGAACAAUAUGUGCCUGAUGUGUUCUAUAAGGAUAUAGACAAGUUUGGGAAUGAGAUCACCCAGCUAGCUCGUCCGCUCCCUGUUGAGUACUUAAUCAUAGAUAUUACUACCACUUUCCCCAAAGAUCCAGUUUACACAUUUUCUAUUUCUCAAAAUCCAUUCCCUAUUGAGAAUCGUGAUGUGCUGGGAGAAACUCAGGACUUUCACAGUCUGGCUACAUAUUUGUCCCAGAACACCUCCUCUGUGUUCCUUGACAUCAUCUCUGAUUUCCAUCUGCUCCUGUUCUUGGUCACAAAUGAAGUGAUGCCUUUAAGGGAUAGCAUCAGCUUGUUGCUGGAGGCAGUAAGGACUCGGAAUGAGGACCUUGCACAGACUUGGAAGAAAUCUGAGCAGUGGGCUACCAUCGAACAGCUUUGUAGCACAGUUGGUGUUCAGCUACCAGGACUCCAAGAAUAUGGUGCCAUGGGUGGCUCGGCGCAUGCAGCAACCUCUUCCAUGUGGGCCUGCCAACACUGCACCUUCAUGAACCAGCCGGGCACAGAUCAUUGCGAGAUGUGUAGCUUACCACGUAGCUAGGCCCCGUGUGGCUUGGCAUUUGGGGCGGCCAUUACAGACCAACUGGCAGAAAUACAGAGGCAAACCCUUAGCCAGGCGGGGCUGUUCUUCCUCCUGGGAUGAUGCACCAUGAGGGGCAGGGCAGGACGGGCAAGGGGUGGGCGUGACCCUUAUGACGAGCACUCAGUGCCGUUUAGUGGGUGGCCACUUGCAGCUGGAACUGGAUAUCCCAGUGGGAGAAGAUGACACAGGCCCUCUGCCCAUUGCUGCUGCCUUGUCUUUUCUUUGCUCUCAACACUGCAGAAAGCCAGAAAGUCAUGUUUCCCUUGAACUGCAGUCACAAGUGUGGCUCGUCAGCUCCCUGGGCACAUGGCAGUGUGGCCAUGCCUCCCUGUUCGCUUGCAUGCCACAAGCUUUCCCCAGCCUUAAGCCAGUCUGCGUGGCUAGGCCGCAGUGCUGAAAGGAUGAUUUGGUCCCCAGGCCUAGCUUACCAAAUGUUGCUCUCUUGGCAUGUCUUGCGUUUAAUCCCAGAGCCACUGAGUCACUGGUGACUGAGCUACCCUAAAUCUGCCCUCUAAUGAUAGCUUCCAAAUUGAGUGACCUGCAAUGACAGAACUUACAGUGGUUUUAGAGCCACAGGCUAAGUCCCACAGUGCCUUGGCACUCGAAACAGGAGGAGAGCAUCCUUUUCAGCUUGGUAGGGGUGAUGGCUUGUUGAGCCAUUUCCUGUCCAACUCAGCCAUAAUGACAGCCAGUCAGAGAGCUGUUCCUCGGUGCUUCUCAUCUAGGGCCAGGCAACAGAGAGGAUUGUUCUUCCCCAGAUGAGUUAGUAGGGAGCAGAUGGAUUCCUGGUCUGGAAGCAGAAACCAUCUUGGCCACAUAAUCCUGGCUGUGUCUGGGUUGGGCAUGCAGUUGCUUGCCCCAAGUUUCCAUACACUAUGUUCUCUUUGCUGUUCCCUGGUGUUUGCAGUUGUGAGCAGGCAACACUGGCAAGUACAUUCCUGAUGCCUAUUACUGACUUGAAUAUCACCCCAGCAGGCCAAAGCCAAAUGGGUUGGCAUCCUGGAGCUUUGCCUUGCUCAAGGCAUAUGCAACUGAGACACCAGAAAAUCUCUCACCUCAAAAACACUGUUCUGCCUUCUGCUCACAUAACCACUUCUGAGUAGUGCCUUUGGGCCCGUUACUUCUUCUGAUUCCUUUCAUAUUUGUACCCCAAAAAGUUCGGCAUCUCUGCCAGCAGUGCUAUAUGUUAGAGCACAUUUGGUUCUUCUUGCUGUAGUGGCUUAGCCUGUUAUCACCCAGGCAAAUUCAUUAUAGAGAAAUAAGACAUUCAUGACAUUGAUGGAGUUAUGUGGACAGAGGGCAACCUAUUUCAAACCUUCCACAGUAUAUCUAUUUAGAUGGUCACCACAACAAAUUGUUCCCCCACGCCAGCUACCAGUUUUCAUUAUGGGCAUGUCAGCCUGGCUCCCAGACAGCUGCCAUGAGGGAUGUAAUCUCCGCCAUGGCUGAAACAUUGGGCUUUGUCCGUCAAGUGCUUGAAAACACUUCAUCUGGCCCUAGUUGUUGCCGACAGGAGUUGUGACUCUUAUUUCCUGGGUUUGCGUUUUGACUGGAUUCUAGCUCACCGGGCUGUAGCCGCUCUUGCUAUUCCUCUUCAUUCUAUGGAUUGCAGAGGUGUGUGUUUGGUUUGGACUCGAGUUAACUGAGUAACAGCCCUGCAAAUAAAAAUCUAUUAAAAGCA